AUGUGCUACAAGACCAAUUACGAGCCUUACAGGAGUCAAAGCCUGGAUAUGAGGGAAGAACUUUCCUCAGAGGAACUUCUCUAUCCUCUGGGAGACCUCUAUCCACACGUCGUGGCCCUUCAGCUACAAUCCGAGGACAAUCCAUGGUCCAAGAACUUCCCUGGCUACUCAGAUGUCAGUUAUUGGGCCGAAGUUUCUUCAUCACGGCCACCUUCGGAGACUUCUUCGAAGCACACGACAUGCAGGUACAGCAGCGACUCCACAGCCUCCAGAUUUGUCACCCGCAUUCGGCGACUCCUCAACCGAGAUGAGUUGCGCCGACGCUCGAGAGCUUAA